UAGCAUCCCCUCUGCAUCCCCCCUACAGCACAUCCCCUACAGCACAUCCCCUAUAGCACAUCCCCUAUAGCAUCCCCUCUGCAUCCCCCCUACAACACAUCCCCUAUAGCACCCCUCUGCAUCCCCCCUACAGCACAUCCCCUAUAGCACAUUCCCUAUAGCAUCCCCUCUGCAUCCCCCCUACAGCACAUCCCCUACAGCACAUCCCUUACAGCACAUCCCCUACAGCACAUCCCCUAUAGCACCCUCUCUGCAUCCCCCCUACAGCACAUCCCCCCUAGCAUCCCCUCUGCAUACCCCACUACAGCAAAUCCCAUAUAGAAUUCUCUCUGCAUCCCCCCCAGCAAAUCCCUAUAGCAAGUCCCCUAUAGCAUCCUCCCUACAGCAAAUCCCCUACGGCAUCCCCUCUGCAUCACCCCUACAGCAAAUCCCCUGUAGCACGCCCUCUGCAUCCCCCCUAUAGCAUCCCCUCUACAUCCCCCCUACAGCAAAUCCCCUAUAGCAAAUCCCCUACAGCACCCCCUGCACCCCUUCUGCAACCCCACGAUCACUCUUCCCCCUUAUAGGAACUCCCCACCUGCAACCCUCCUGGUCCCCUAAAGCAGCCCCCCUACAGCAAAUCCCCUAUAGCAUCUCCCCUGCACCCUGUCUGUACCCCUCCAACAACCCGCCCCCAUAUCCCCUAUGGGAACUCUACACUUGCAGCCCCCCUGCACCCCUACAGCACAUCCCCUAGAGUGCCCCUCCUGCACCCUGCAGCCACACCCCUCUGCAUCCCCUAUAGGAACUCCCCAGUGCAGCCCCCCUGCACCCCUCCCACAGCACCCCCAUACAGCAAAUCCCCUAUAGCACCCCCCUGCAUCGCCCACACCUCCCCACCCCAGUCCCCUCUAGUACCCCCUGCCCCGCUCCUGCCCCUGACACAGCACCCCUGUACCUGCCUGUGCACCCCCAAACCUGACAGCCCCCCAUACCCCUGGGUGCCCCCUCCUGUGGCACAGCCCUGUCACCCCCCGAGCACAUCCCCAACCCCUGCACCCCCUGGGGCACUGCACCCCCAAGGAUGGCAUGUCCCUCUGUUUGGGGGUUUGUGACCAAGGGGACACGUCCCUCUGACUGUGACCAGGGUGACAGAUCCGUGGGCAGGAUCCCCCCUGUGUGACCAUGGACAGGCUGGCAUGUCUGUGACCAGGGUGGCACCAGGGUGGGAUGUCCCUCUGUCUGUGACCAGCCUGUCACAUCCUUCUGUGUGUCUGUGCCAGCCUGGCAUGUCACCGUAGCCAUACAUAGAGAGACAUGUCCUUCUGUGUGUCUGUCACCAGGGUGGGAUGUCCUCUCUGUCCAUGACCAGGCUGGCACAUCCCUCUGUGUGUCUGUGCCAGGCUGGCACGUCUGUCACCAGGGUGGCAUGUCUGUGACUGGUCUGGCACAUCCCUCUGUGUGUCCAUGCCCAGGCUGGCAUGUCCAUGCCGUGCUGUCACCUCCCUGCCCCAUGUCUGUCCCAGCUUGGUGUCCCCAGAUGUCCCUGCAGCACCAGCCUGCACUGUCACCCCUGGAAUCCCCUGCUGCCACCCUGGGGAAGGUGGCACACGGAUGCAGUGGGGUGCUGCGAGUGCGGGGCCUCCCUGUCCCACCAGUACUACGAGAAGGAUGGGCGGCUGUACUGCAAGAAGGAUUACUGGGCACGCUUUGGGGAGCUGUGCCAUGGCUGCUCCGAGCACAUCACCAAGGGGCUGGUCAUGGUGGCUGGGGAGCAGAAGUACCACCCCGAGUGCUUCAGCUGCCUCAACUGCCGCACAUUCAUCGGGGACGGGGACACCUACGCGCUGGUGGAGCGCUCCAAGCUCUACUGCGGGCACUGCUAUUACCAGAUGGUGGUGACGCCGGUGAUCGAGCAGAUCCUGCCGGAUUCCCCGGCUUCCCGCAUCCCACACACCGUCACGCUCGUCUCCAUCCCCGCCUGCUCCGACGGAAAACGCGGCUUCUCCGUGUCCAUCGACCAGGGCUGUGGCACUGAGCACCCCCGCACCGUCCGCGUCCGAGAGGUGGACCCAGACUGCAUCAGCCCUGACAUGAAGAACUCCAUCCACGUGGGCGACCGCAUCCUGGAGAUCAAUGGCACCCCCAUCGGCCAUGUCCCCCUGGACGAGAUUGACCUGCUGAUCCAGGAGACCAGCCGCCUGCUCCAGCUGACCAUCGAGCACGACCCUCAUGAGCCCCUUGCCCGGGAGCCGGGGCUGGCAGGGAGCCCCCUGCCCGCCCCGUGCAGCCCCCUGCGCUCCCCGGCCCCCCCGGAGCCCGCGGCCAUGCGCCAGCGCGCCGUCACGAGGAGCUGCAGCACGGACAAGUCCCCGGGCUCGGGCUUCGUGGGCUCCCCCGCGUCCCAGCGCAAGGACAUCGGGCGCUCCGAGUCCCUGCGCGUCGUGUCCCGCGCCCACCGCAUCUUCCGCCCCUCCGACCUCAUCCACGGGGAGGUGCUGGGCAAGGGCUGCUUCGGCCAGGCCAUCAAGGUGACGCAUCGGGAGACGGGCGAGGUGAUGGUCAUGAAGGAGCUGAUCCGCUUCGACGAGGAGACACAGAGGACCUUCCUCAAAGAGGUGAAGGUGAUGCGCUGCCUGGAGCACCCCAACGUGCUCAAGUUCAUCGGGGUGCUGUACAAGGAGAAGAGGCUCAACUUCAUCACGGAGUACAUCAAGGGGGGCACCUUGAGGGGCCUCAUCAAGAGCAUGGACAGCCACUACCCCUGGAGCCAGCGGGUCAGCUUCGCCAAGGACAUCGCCGCCGGCAUGGCCUACCUCCACUCCAUGAACAUCAUCCACCGUGACCUCAACUCCCACAACUGCCUCGUGCGGGAGAACAAGAGUGUGGUGGUGGCUGACUUUGGGCUGGCGAGGCUGAUGGUGGACGAGAAGAACCAGCCCGAACAUCUCAAGAACCUGAAGAAACCGGACCGCAAGAAGCGAUACACGGUGGUGGGGAACCCCUACUGGAUGGCCCCCGAGAUGAUCAAUGGGAGGAGCUACGACGAGAAGGUGGACAUCUUCUCCUUUGGCAUCGUCCUGUGUGAGAUCAUCGGCCGGGUGAGCGCCGACCCCGAUUACCUGCCCCGCACCACCGACUUCGGCCUCAACGUCAGGGGCUUCCUGGAGCGCUACUGCCCCCCCGCCUGCCCCCCCAGCUUCUUCCCCAUCGCCGUCACCUGCUGCGACCUGGACCCCGAGAAGCGGCCGUCCUUCGCCAAGCUGGAGCAGUGGCUGGAGACCCUCCGCAUGCACCUGGAGAUCCACCUGCCGCUGAGCUCCCAACUGGAGCAGCUGGACCGAGCCUUCGGGGAGACGCACCGGCGGGGGGAGGGCGGGGUCCCUGCGCCCCCCCGAUAGACCCCCACCCACCCGCCCACCCACACCCCUCUGGAGCGGCGGGAGAAGGAGCUGCACCCGCCGCCAGCACCUCCUGGGGCUGCCCCCACCCCACCCCCGGGGCUGGACCCCCGGGGCUCCCUGGAUGCAUCCCCUCCCCCGGGGAGCCGGCUCUCCCCGGGGCCGCAUGGCCCUGGGCACCCCCCCCGCCGUAGCUCUGCCCCCGGGGACCGUCCGGGUGUCCCCGUGUCCCCCCGCCCCGGCUCACCUCCCCUUUGCACACCGGGGGCUGCCCCGCACGACCCCCCCGGACAGAGCCGCGGCCUCGCGGCGGUGCCUUGGCUUUCCGUGAACUUGCACUGCGACACAGGAGGGACCCCCGGCUCCCUCGGGAGGGGGUCCGCGGCCCCCCCAGGGCCUUGCCCCCCCAGGGCGCCCUCGUAGCAACGCCCUCGGCCGGCCUCUCACGCUGCUCCCGCUGGCAGCCCGGUCCCGGGGGGCUGCCGAGCGAGGGGUCCGUGUGGGGGGACACUCCCGUGGCGUGGGGACAGGCACGUAGCGGUCCCCGCCGCCCCCACGCCGCCCUGCCCCGCGUGCGCGCCCGGGGGCAGCGCCGGGUGGGAUGCCCGGCUGGGAUGCAGGGCUCGUCUGGGUCCCCUCGGCCCGCGGGGGCUCGGGGCGGGGCUCGGGGGCUGCGCCACGCGGUGCUUUUCAUGCUCUUUAUUCAGGUUCAUUUUUCUGUAAGAUAUUUAAAGAGAAGAGUUUGUAUUAUUUUUUCAUACGACGUAGCGUUUGCCAUUUGUCACUGCCUCGGUUCUGCUUUCCCGAAGGGAUCAAACUGUGAAGCCUCUCCGCGCACUUUUGCCCGGGAAGUCCAAGGCGACGCCCCCUCCGGAGGCGGGGAGGGAGCUCAAACUGUGAUGUACCCCGAGCCGUGAGUCAAUAAAUCCUUCCCCGCUCGCU